AUGGAAAGGAAGAACCAAACCAGCAGUGUCUCUGAGUUCAUACUCCUAGGACUCUCCUCCAAGCCUGAAGAUCAAAUGCCACUCUUUGUCCUCUUCCUCACCAUGUACUUGAUCACCAUAACAGGAAACCUGCUCAUCAUCCUGGCCAUCCACUUCAACCCUCAACUCCAGACCCCCAUGUACUUCUUCUUAAGUUUCCUGUCUUUCACUGACAUUUGCUUCACAACCACAGUCGUCCCCAAGAUGCUGGAGAACAUCCUGUCAGAAAAGAAGACCAUCUCCUACGCUGGAUGUCUGACACAGAUGUAUUUUAUCUAUGCCUUGGGAAAUAGUGACAGCUGUCUACUGGCAGUCAUGGCCUUCGAUCGCUAUGUGGCCAUCUGUGACCCCUUUCACUAUGUCACCACCAUGAACCACCGCCGAUGUAUCUUCCUGGUGGCCUUCUCCUGUUCAUUUCCUCACCUCCACUCACUCCUGCACAUACUUCUGCUGAAUAGUCUCACCUUCUGUGACUCAAAUGUCAUCCACCACUUUCUCUGUGACAUCAACCCUCUGCUUAAGUUGUCCUGCUCCUCCAUAUAUGUCAAUGAAAUUAUAAUAAUGUCAGAAGGACCCAUUGUUUUGGUGACUCCCUUUCUCUGCAUUGCUUUCUCUUAUAUGCGAAUUCUAAUCACAGUUCUCAAUAUUCCCUCAGCUUCUGGGAAACGCAAAGCCUUCUCCACCUGUGGUUCCCACCUGACAGUGGUCACCCUGUUUUAUGGAAGCAUCUACCAUGAAUACGUUGCUCAUGGAAGCAUCUACUAUGAAUACUUACAUCCUUUGUCUAGCUACACUGCUAGGGACCGGGUGGCAACAAUAGUCUAUACAGUUCUGUCCUCCAUGCUAAACCCUUUUAUCUAUAGUCUGAGAAACAAAGACUUGAAGAGGGGACUGGGGAAGUUAAUGGGCAGUAAGAAAGCCUAG